UGAGUUUGCUGCCUGUGCCAUUUCCUUAGCACUCAGCAGCCAUGGAUUCCUGGGCAAUGCUCGCCACUGUGGUCUCUAUUCUGGUCCCUGUGCAUUUCUAUGUGUCAAAGGCUGAUGCGGAAGAGCUGCUACAAUGGAUCUUUUCUGUUUUCCAUGUGGAGGAUUUUGAGGUCGAUUCCUUAAAAGAAUCCCGAAUCGAGGAAGAGAUGAUGAAACUUCGUCAGAGGAACUACAAGUUGUUUACCCGCUGCUGUGCUCAUCUUGCUUUUGUGGUUGGCAUCACUUUUGCCCACCAAGCGAUCAAAGCACCAGAGCUCAACACCAUUGCCUGGACUGUUUGUUCCAUUCUGGGGUAUACACACCACAUGAUGUUUGGGCAGGGCGUGAUAGAACUUACACCCUGUCGUCUUAAGUUCCUUUGCUGGCUUUCGCAUUUGAUGGCGUUCUUUCUAUUUAUUUGUGCAGGCCUUGGUGGGAGUGCGGGUGCGUUUUCCAUGGUGCGAGGCUUUCUGACCGCAGUUCGCUUUGUGGUGAUACUUACAUUUCUCGACCCAUCAGUGUCCAUACCUUUUCAAGUGAUGUACACCACACUGAACAUCCUCGUGUAUGUGUUUUGCAUCGAACAGUCUAGUGUGCCAUGGGCACCUUUUUGCUGCGAUGAGUUCUUCACCUUGGUGAUCACCAUCGCCUGCUCAGCGUCCAUCGACUUGUUGCUGCGAGGACGAGUGGUUGCAAAGUUGGAUUCUGCUGACGCAGAGUCCUUGGUCUCCAGUUUCCGGAGGAUGUUGCGAGGGGUUUGCGAUGGUGAGCUACUCUUGGACAGUCAGAUGAAGGUGGCACAGGAAAGUGACUGCUUGAAAAAUUUGAUUCUGACCGAUGUGAGCCUUAUGGGCCGAUCUUUUGAGCAUUUGCUUGCGGACAAAUCCGAGCAGCAGCGCUUCAGUGAAUUCAUUGACGCAUCCACAAGAAAAAGCAAAUGUAGAGCACUACAUUCCUCACCAGAUCCCUGUGCACAUCCAUGCUUGCGGCUCUAUUUGCGUGGAUCAGCAGGCAUACGAGUUGGUGCCAACAUCUACCAUGUUGCCGUCCCAGGCCUCUUCGGUGCUUUGAAGCCGUACCAUCUCAUCGCCUUCAAAGAGGAUCUUGAUUCUUGCCCGCCAGACGCUGCGGAGGAUGCAGUACCGACACAACUUCUGGCGAACAGCUUGGAAGCACAGAUGAAGCCUGAUGGGCAUUCAGCAACAUCUGAAAGCGCAGUAAGCUCAUGUCAUUGUUGCCCGGAGCUGCAGCAGAUGGCCUUGCUUGUAGACUUGGACACAGAGCUCCACGACGUACAAGAAGCACGCUUGAGGUUUCGACGUCAAGGAAGCGACGUGCCUUCUAGGCCACAGUCCAACAUGCCAAGUGUGCGGACACUUGUGAUGGCCACAGACUGGCCAGAAGUUGAGGAGAAUCUGCAGAGAUUCUCAGAGUUGUGCUUGAACGACCCAGGGACACAGCCCCAGAUUUUGAAGAAGCAAUUGCCAUUGCAGCUGCCGAUGGGUGAAAGGGCGAUUGCCACAGAAGCCUUUCUUCAGCCACACCCAAGGCCACGGAAGGUCUGGCUGCAUUUGACCGGGCUCCGGCCUUGGAAAGCUCGGCAAAGCAUGCGUCUUUUGAAUCGAAUUCAAGAAGGUGAACGAGUCAACCAUCGCCAAAGGGAAACGGGGACUGACUAGGCUGACCUCCCCACUAGUAAUACUGAUGCAGGUAUGUACAGGUUGGUUCUUCCGACCUUUCUUUCUCUCUUGGUCCGGUGGUGAAGUUCCAUCAUGGGCACUGUACUGCGACAGAAGACCAAAACAGGUUGCUGAAACAGUCAGCAGCAAAGCAAUCUCUAUUGCAGACUGAAGGAGCA